GCUCAGAUAACCUGGCAUUGUCUGAGGCCCAAAUGGCCUAGCAAGGCCCCAUGUUGAGAUUUCUCUCUUCCGCAGAGAGAGAGAGAGAGAAGAAGAAGGAAGCUUCGUCGUGAAUCCCGAUCCGAUUCCAACACCGAAUCAAAGUCAAUUCAGACUCACGUUCGUUUCCGUUUCAAUUACCAUUUCAUUUUUUCAUCUUCUUCAAACUUCAUUUCAAAAAUUUAGUUAGAAAGAGGAAGAUGAAUAGCGAAACCGAAUUGGUUGAACUUUGCAUACACGCAGCUUGUAAGAACAGAGAAACCGUUAACAAAUGGCGGUUACAAAGACGCUCUCUCGAUCGCUUACCUUCUCCUCUCGCCGACGCUCUCCUCCGCCGUCUCAUCACUCGCCGUCUCCUGUACCCCUCCCUCCUCGAGGUUUUCAAACACAGUGCGGAAGAGAUUGAUGUAAAAGGCGAUAACUCUGUGGAUGCAGAAUGGAUGGCGUAUUUAGGAGCCUUUCGUCACUUGCGUUAUUUGAACAUUGCGGAGUGUCAUCGAAUCACUUCUUCAUCUCUUUGGCCUAUCACAGGAAUGAAUAGUCUUAAAGAGUUGGACCUAUCUAGAUGUACCAAAGUUAAUGAUGCUGGAAUUAAUCAUAUUCUUUCGGUUCCUAAUUUGGAAAAGUUGCGCAUUUCAAAAACUAGUGUCACUGCCAAUGGUGUCAUGCUUCUUGCCUCUCUUAAAAACUUGUCUCUUCUUGACUUGGGUGGUUUGCCUGUGGAUGAUGCGGCUUUAGCUUCGUUACAGGUACUGAAAAAUUUACAACACAUUGAACUCUGGGAUAGUAAAAUAUCAAACGAAGGUGCUGCUGUUCUUAAUACCUUCCCCAAGUUAACCCAUCUAAAUCUUGAUUGGACCAGCGUCUCAAAAUUGCCUAAUUUAUCAUCUCUUGAAUGCCUCAAUAUGAGUAAUUGUACUAUUGAUUCUAUACUUCGAGAUGAUAAAGCUCCUUUGACAAAGCUUAUUUUCUCUGGGUCUACUUUCCUGAAUGAAGGGGAAACUUUAUUAUAUGCAAAUACAAAUUUCUUGUCCUUUUUGGACUUGGCCCAUACUGGCCUUGAUAAAUUCUUCUUCUUAAGUAAAAUGAAAGUAAUAGAACAUCUCAAUCUUAGCUCAUGUAUGAUGGGGGAUGAUUCAGUCGAGAUGGUUGCAUGUAUUGGUGGAAAGUUGAAAAGUCUGAAUCUGAGUGGUACCUGGAUUAGCUCUGCUGGAUUAGGGAUUUUAGCUGGACAUGUUCCCAAUCUUGAAAUUCUGUCAGUAUCUCAGACAUCAGUGGAUGAUACUGCCUUCUCAUUUAUCAGCAUGAUGCCUUCAUUGAAGGUUGUUGAUCUGAGCAAUACAAACAUUAAAGGCUUUUUGCACCAGGGGAGGACUGACUUGGACUCACUCUCUCUAACGGCUCUUCAAGAUCUUAAACAACUAGAAAGGCUGAAUUUGGAGCACACACAAGUCAUUGAUGAGGCUUUAUUCCCUUUAUCACGCUUCCAAGAGCUGAGAUAUUUAUCCCUGAAAAGUCCUUCACUUGCAGACAUCUCACUUUACCAUCUAUCAUCAGUUCCUAAAUUGACAAAGCUUAGCAUCGGUGAUGCGGUAUUGACCAAUUAUGCUCUUGAUAUGUUUAAGGCUCCUGAUACUCUGAAACUGAUGGACCUCAGAGGUUGUUGGCUCUUAACCAAAGAUGCUAUUGUAUCAUUCUGUAGAAAUCAUCCUCAAAUUGAAAUAAGGCAUGAACUUGUUACCUUACUUCCUUUUGAAGAAAAUGGUCGUCAUCAUUCCUCUCCGUCUCGGUUAACUUCAAGGACCAUGCAAGCAGCUAGGAAGAAAGAGCAAAUGUCCUUAUCUCCAUAUUUUGUAGAUCAAAGGAUGAAAUAUAGCAGAGAUGAGUUACUUGCAUUGCAGUUUUUGUCUUUGCCUCUUGCAUCCAGUAAUGAGAUAGACAAUUCAAUACUUGAGAAGCAAUCGGAUUGAAUCUAGCAAUCUCUUUCCAUACAAUUAUCUGCUCUCAUUGCACUGGUGCAACUCGUCUGCGUGAGGUGAAAGCUGAAUAAUGUCAACUGAAUGGAUGGAGUCCAUAUAGGGCCAUGGCUCCAACCUAACCUUGUGUACAUGUAGAUAUGUAAUAAUGUGAAUUAAGAGAUUGUUUUUUAGUGUAAUAAGAUUGCUUAUUCCUAGCUUCUGCUAGUUUAUAAAUUUACAAGAUUUCUGUCAUCAAGGAAGAUAGUCUUGCAUCCUUAAAUAAAAAAAGAUGGUCUUGCAGAAAAGUAUUUACGCUUGUACAUCAACAGAACUGAGGAACAUUUUCUUUUUUGAGGGAUUGUAUUA